AUGUGCAGGAUACAAUAUGAUGAUGAUUCUCCUGAUCAAUACAUUAAUAUAGCACACGACGGAACAAUUACCAAUGCAAAGCCAUUGCCGAUUGUCAGUGCCUGUAAAUUAAACAUUUACCGCUUUCCUUUCGACUCGCAGAAGUGUAAUCUCACCUUUGGUUCAUAUAUUCAUACAGACACAGAUAUUGUCAUGUCUCCAAAAUUCAAUUCAAGUGAAGUGUACAAAAGAUCAAAAGAUGUUUUUGUCAACAAAGGAGACUGGAUACUACUAGACAUCACAGUGAAGUCAAAUUUAAUAUAUGUUAAUGGCGCUAAUUUCAGCACAGUCUUUUAUGAGAUAACAUUGAAAAGAGUACCUGUAGUUCAGAUCAUUACCCUCGUCCUCCCAGCAUGCUUCAUGGUUUUCUUGGAUAUUGCCAGUAUGUUUAUACAUAUUGAGUCUGGAGAAAGGCUUGGCUUUAAAAUAACUCUUUUACUUGGAUUUGCUGUGCUCCUUUUAAUCCUAAACGACAUGCUUCCAAAAUCUAGCACUGCUCCGGUAUUAGGUAUAUUCUGCCUGGUCUGUAUGACUGUCAUGAUACUCAGUAUAUUUGGAUGUGUCAUAAUUUCCUACAUGAUGAUGCUGUCCAGAUCUCAGACUGUUGUCCCAUCUUGGGUAAAGACCUGGAUCUUGAAAUACUUGGCAACGCUCCUUUGCUUUAGGUCCUUAAGCAAACUCGGAAUAAGCAUAAGUGAACCAGAAUUGGAUUCAAAAACCGAUUCUAAUAACGAAAUGGUAAAUGCUGAGAGGAGAAACACAACCCAAAUAUCCACUGAAGAUAGUCAUGAAGUGAACCUACUGAGGGAGCUGUUAAAUGAAAUCCUAAAGAUCCACGAAGACUUGACGGAGUCUAGGAUCAAGCAAGAGUAUAAGUCAGAAUGGCAUGCUGCAGCACUUGUCAUAGACCGCUUUAUACUUAUCACCUACCUAAUCAUUGUAACAAUUGUGUUUGCUGUUGUAAUCGCUAUUUGGGUAACAUAAUGCGCAUGUACAAGGAAGAGAUACUGUUACAUUAUUUUCAGCUGUUUUCAUGUCAUUGUCACUUUUAUCUAAAGCCAGGGCCGAUCCGCCCUAUAGGCUCACUAU